UAGGCGCAUUUACAUCAAAACAAACACCCCCAAUCGAUGGUGUCAGGGGGUUGAGGAGGUGGUUGGGUGGUGGAAGGUGGAUUGAGCUGUGUAUCGUCAUUUUCGUUUGGUGCAGCAAAAAACGCCCAUCAUUCGUUCGUGUUCCAUCGCCACUGGAGGGUUGGUAGUUGGAAAAUUUACACAGUGGUGCAGUUUUACUUCCAAAGUGGUGAAAACAGCAAAUUGAAGGCGUAAUACAGGAAAGAGGAUUGGUUAAACAUGACACAAAAUAUGUUUCCCCAUUUUGUUGAUUUUUUGUAAAAUUAUAACAUCCAUUUCUCCAACUCCGUACGCCCCCGCUGAUAUGACUUCCACUGCAGUUGUGGCACCAUCGAGCGCUUACCAAUUAUCACCACUAGAAGCAUUCACACUUAUAACCCUACGAUUUAAUUAUCUUCCGAUUCGUCAUCUGAACUAAGAGCGCAAUCGGUCUUAUCUGUGCACAAACAGUGUUUUAUAUAGGAUUUAUCCCCAGAAAAGCUGUAGUAUCACGAAGCGAGCUUUUAAAUCGAGUGUUGUGAGAAUCUCCCUGAAUCUCCCUUUAUCCAAGAAGCCACACCAAGAUGGAGAUCUCCCGGGAAGACUGGAUCGACCGAGCCCAAGAAAACAUGAAAAAGUUCCUGAACCGAGGCGGCAGCUGUCGGGGAGAUGAACCCCAGCUGCUGCAGGGGACCAGCCUGGAGAACACACUCGGUUAUGGCCUGUCCCUAACGAUGAAGGACCCGAACCAGUGGACAGACGAAGAGCUACAGCUCGAGUACAUGGAACAGUUGUGCUUUUACGAUGAGGAAUCGAAGAAAGUGAUUGACAAGCUGGUACAGCAGAUGUACAGCGGAAUUCACGCAAGUGUGCCGUGCAGGUUGACGAUCGUUCCGAUCGAGCUGUUUGCCGAGGGAAAGCUGUACGAGGUGCCGCUGUUUCGGUUCCAGUUUCAGCAAUCGACGGAAACGGCUCCCAAGUAUAUCGAUUCUAUUGGACGGGUGUAUCAGGACUUUGAGGAUUUCCUGAAGAACAACAAGUAUCCCUCGGCCGAGAUGAUGUACCCGAAGGAGGGUAAGCUGGUGCCGACCAAUUUGAAGAACGUGGAGUAUGACAUCGGGAAGACGCCCGCUUGGAAGAACUACUACUUUAAGGCGUUGGACAUCGCUACCGGAAUCAUCGGAAUCGCCGGGGCAACGGGUGCGAUCUUUCUGUCCGGUGGUAUCGCUACGCCGUUCAUAGCGGCCAGCGUGGGGUCGGCGAUCUACGCGACGGGACGGUCUAUCGACGUGCUACGGGAUAAGAGUGCUCACCAGGAGUCGCUGAAUCCGCUGUGUGAUUCGGAGUCACGGACGGCGUGGCUUAGCCUGACGGCGCAUGUGCUCACGUUCGGAACGAUGCCGCACAUCUCGGCCCUCUCGGGGGUUGCUUCCACGAGCCAUAGUAUCGCGACCGGGUUCAAGGUGUGCAACUUUAUCAAUGAAACUGGUAACAUUAUCAGCGAUCUGGUAAUAUGCGACACCCUGUCGGCGAUGCAUUCCAACUUUUACAACGCAAGUAUCGAGACGAGGUUGGCCCACGCUGCUUCCAUCUGCUUCUGGACCAAAACGGUUAUCAGCAUCCGACAGGCGGAACUGAUGAUGAAGAACAACGCAAUCGUGGCGCUCAAGUUGUUUGGAUUCGAGGACCAUUUCUGCGAGUACUUUAACAACGACUCGCGCGCAAUCGACAUCGGGCUGCGGAUCGUGAAGCACUCGCUGCAGAGCAACGUGGUCAUCGCGUCGGAUCGAACCGACACCAAGGCGAUCACGAUCGACGGGCUGAAGUUCUGUAUCGAAACGUUGCUCAGGUUGGAACCGGAAGAGGUGGAGAGGUUGUUCGACAUUUUGCAGGCCGUUUCCAGCGAAGAAGAUCGACAGGCGUUCAACGAGUUGAGACUGCUGUGCGACAGUGACGUCGAUCUAGUUCGGCUGAUCGCGGCCGAAGCCGAACGGGAACAACUUCCGGCCAGCGAACUGACCGAGAUGUUGCUCAAGGUGUACGGUACGAUGAAGGUUCAGGACCAGUUUAAAAUGAGCCUCAACCAAACGGACGGACUGUGCGUCGGCAAUGGGCUCAAGCUGAGCAUCAAAACGGCGUUCAUCAUUUUCGCUUCCAAGGAGGAACACCAGGGCGUAGCGCCGCUGAUAGAUGCUGUACUAGAGCUUCCACCGGAGCAGUGCGAAGCACUGACCAAGAUAAUCAAAACGAAACCAGAAUACAUAUCAAUUUUUAAGCUGAAAUCCAGCGACGACAGCAACAGUAGAGAGGACAUUAGCAGCAGAGUUAGAAACGAAAUUUCGAAGGCCUUAACAGAAGAACAUUAAGUUUUUAAAUUUUUCUCGAUUAUUAAAUGGUAGCGAAGAAUUUAAAGAAAAACGCAGGACAAGAGUGAAAUCUAGCCAAAUUUUUUAGGGAAGCGUAGUGAAACUAUAGACACAAGCAUAGCAAUGAAAAGAUUUUAAUGCACCGCGAGCCAGUUUUUUAGGGCGGGAGAAACUCCCACAUAAACACGCACAUACGAAUAAUUUGUGUAUCAGUAGUGACAACAAAAAAACAACAAUGUAAACGAAACAACAAACAUGUACUAGAAACAACAAAACAUUUUGUAAAACAAUUCAAGUGAUGACGCUUUAACGUUUUAAACUAACAAAAAAGUAACAAAGAAAAAAAACUACAAAAAAAAACAUCAAGAGACUAACCUGCACCUGUUUAGAUGAACUUAGAGUAACAAAUCCAACACCAAAAAAAAAACUAAACAACUAGUAGAUCACGUCGUUAGUGGAAAGAUUAGCUUGUAGUGACGAUGCUCAUUGAUUGAUGUUAGAGAGAAAAGAAACAAAACAAAAAAACAACCAGAACAGAAAGAAGCUUGCUAACGGCGAACAAACCAACAAACAAACCAAACAGAUCAAACCAAACAAAUUCGGCAACAGAGAGCAGACAUAAAAAAACAAAAAAAAAAAACUUGUUACAAAUUUAUUUUACAUAUUUAUACGAUGCAAAGAGAAGAGACACUCUGUUACGAAUGAUUUAUUUUUGACAAAUAUAUAUCUGAAACUAUACUGUUGGACGGCACCAAGCUCUGGCAAUAAGGAAA